AUGGUAGUUACUAAUGACAAUCAACUUUUUUCUGGGAGUGAUGAUGGCGGUGAUCAUGCAACUGUAUGGGUUUGGGAUAUUUCCAUGGCCAAGAGGAAGAAAUGCAUAGAAACACUAAACAACCAUAGCUCCACUGUGACUUCUUUGGCAAUAUCUGAAGAUGGAUGGACGUUGCUUAGUGCUGGAAGAGACAAGGUUGUAACAUUGUGGGACCUUCAUGAUUAUAGCAACAAGAAGACUGUUGUCACAAAUGAGGCGGUUGAAGCUGUAUGUGCAAUCGGUCAUGGGAGCUCUUUUGCAUCAUCUUUGGAUUUAUACCGUCAACAGAGUACAAAGCAACAAAAUGGCUCACUAGCAAUCCAAUUCAUUACAGUCGGUGAACGUGGAAUUGUGCGAAUUUGGAGUUCUGACAGGUAAUAUAACUUUGUCAGUGCUUUAAGUAUAAUGGUGUUUAAUGCAGAGCCUUCAAAUGAUUACAUCUAAAAAAUGCAUUUAAAACAAGAUGGAAUGGCUGGCUGUUUCAUGGUAUCUUUUUUUUUUUUUGGUUGACAGUGCAAGUUGCUUGUUUGAGCAAAAAACUUCAGAUGUUUCAGUCAGUAAUGAUGAGGAUGGCUCACAAAGGGGUUUCACUACUGCUACUUUGCUUACCUCAGAUCAAGGAUUACUUUGUGUGACUGCGGAUCAGCAGUUUCUUUUUUACUCUCUGGAAUGCAGCA